AUGGCCGGCUGGACACAAUGGUGGCAAGAGUGCGGUGACCAGACCAGUCAUCAAGUGUGGAGUGAUCAAUGGUUGAGUGAUCAAGAUUGGAGUGGUCACGGGCAGACUUCGAAUGGCUGGACUUGGGACGGGCGUACUUCGGCUGGACAUGGCUACCAGCCACACGUACCGCAAGGACAGCAGGAGUGGCCCAGCCAGCAAGGCCAGGCACACCCGCAAGUGCAGCCAGGAAUGCAAGGACAGCAACAGCGGCCCCUACCGGAGCAGGUCAAAGAGGAGCAGCCAGAGGACAAGGACAACGGGGUGGCAAGUUGUCGUGAUGCUCCCAGAGUGCGAAAGACCACACCAGGACCAAAAGACGCCUCGCAGGAGCGCCGUGAGAAAAUCCACAAGCUCACGCUGGAGAACAAGGCCUUGAGAGACCAGCUCAGCGAUGUUCGGAGCCAUCACGAGGUUGAGAAGAAAGUGAUGAAGAUGGAGCAAGAUGAGGCGAUCAGGAAGAAAGAAGACGACUGCAAAAGCAGGGUAGCUGCCAAGGAUGAGCAGAUCGACAAGUUGAGCAAGGACUUCUUGUCCCAGUCCGAGCAGAUCACAAGCCAGAAAGGGGAGAUCGUAGGCCUGAAGGAGGCAGUGGCUGCCAAGGACAAGCUUCUCCAGGAGUGGCAGGCCUGCCAUGCAGAUUGGGUCAAGCUGCUCCAGGACAAGGACACAGAUCUGUGCAAGUCCCGCGACGAGACAGAGAAGGCCAAGAAGGACGGCGAUGAGUCAGUGCAGAAGGUAACCAAGGAGUUCCAGGCCCGGCUUGAGAAGUCCGAGAAGGAGCUGAGGGCAACGACUGAGAAGCUCCAGGGGGUGACAGCCGCAAGCAAGGCCUUGGCGCAGAAGAAGGACAAGAAGGCCAACGCGGACAAGCAAGCCCUUAAAGCAAAAGACGAGAAACAGGGCAAGCGGACAGACACAGCUGCGAAGGUGACAGAAGCCGCUGGCUCCGAGGACUGCUGA